AUGAUAUAAUUGUUGUUUCUGUUAUAGAUUCAAGCAAUCCUUGCUGGAUUUACGAGUUGCGAAGUGAACCCUGAACAUCCUGAAAUAAUUUAUCCAUCAAAUUCUAAUUCCUUUUUAUAACCACUUGACAAAUACUUCCAUGGGUAGGGUUUAACCUACUCUAUCAAUGGCACAUAUCAAUUUGGUGUUUCUUAAUCUACUAAAAUGAGCACAAUAACUUUGAAGAAGUCAUAAUUUCCAGAGAACACCAUCUUUAUAGAUGACGCAGCCUAUUUUAAUUGGUCUAAUCCUAAUUAUCAGUAAGAUCAAUUUUUGGCUUUGGUGUCAAUAAACAAUGAAUAUUAUGUUUAUGAGACAUCAUUGAAUUAAAAAACACCGACUUGGAUUUAAUUAACUUCUUCAUUUUCAAGCACUUCAACUGCAAUUUGCACAAAUGUUGCCUAUGUUUUUGAUAAUGACAUCAUCAAAGGAAGGAUUUCAAAUAUUCUACUUUUUCCAAAGAGUAGUAAUCAAAAUUAUAACCAAAUAUUUGCCAAUUCUUAUACAGUCUCCCUACGAAUACGUACUAGCAAAUUAAUUAGAAUUUUCCUAUUUGCAAAUACUGAACAAUCAAGAAUGUAUCUAUUCGAAUUCAACAUGUAUUUAGAGGAGUUCUAUGCUGCUGUUGUCCAUGCAAAUUACUUCAACCCUGAAACCAUCGUCCAUAUAUUCAAACUUGAGUUUUAGAGAUCACUCCAUGAACCAAUCAAAAUGACUGUUUAUUUUUCAGGACAUCAUGACAAAGCUGCUUACGGUGCCUACUUGGCUGACCCUGAUAAAAUUUACCUAUUGUUUUUUGAUGCUUUGGUAAUUCACGAUUUUUCCAAGAAAAUUCAUAAGAACGUAAUGAUAGUAGUAGACUCAUCAUAAGGAAUGGGAGUAUACAGAGAAUCAUAUACAAAUGGAGAAUACAAUCUAUUCAUAUCUAUAGUAACCAAGAAGGGCUUGGAUUUCUAUUCAACAUCUAAUUUGUAAUCAAACUAAAAGCCAGGUUUACCAAAGACCUUCGAUACUAAUAAAAGAUUGUCUGUUAAAGUGAGUUUGUUAUAUACAGUAAUCACCACCGAUAGUAGUUUUGUGAUUUACGAGAAUAGAUAUCUUUUGAAGGAAGAGAAGGUGUAAUAUGGGUUUUUGUAUUACUCAUAAACUCCAGCAUUACUAUCAGUCUUUUAUGGGUUUGGAUCUCAAUUCGUUGUGUUUUAGAAUACUACAAUUAUCACAUAUCAGAUCUAGAUGCCUUAUUUGUAUUCCUUAAAGACUCUGAAUACAAAUUAUAAUGUGCCAAUUUAGAUCUCAAUAAAUGCAACUAGCUAAGAUGGAACUUAAUGUUCUUGUACUUUUAACUAUGAAUUACUGAAUGUUAAUGACAUGUAUAAUUUUGUUGCCUUAACUAAACCAGACGGCAAAGCAGAACCCAUUUUAUUAUUUAAUUCUCAAUCCAAAUUGUUGCCCUUAGGUGAUUAAUUUUUUGGAAGUAAUUUGAAAUACAAGAUCGAAACAACCUAAUUAUAAGAAGAGAAUUCUACUAUCGAGACUUUACAACCAAAUACUACAUUGCUCUACAUAAACUAAGUUAAUAUCAUAUCAAAUAAUUAUGUAAUUGCAUAUAGCAGUACAUAUCAAGUGGAUGAUGAUACAUUCUUUAUUUUCUCUCAGUUGACUACUAAUUCUAAAAAUAUUCAAAUUGAAAAAUGCAAGUUCUUGGCAUGUCAGAUCAUUGAGAUCAUAAAGGGUGAAUUCACUACCCCUGUUGUUGGCAUUACAGCUAUUAAAUCAGGCUUAUUAUUCCACAUUGUGAUCGCAACCCAAUAGGAGAUCUUCUCAUUUGAAUACGAUUACGAUAAGAUGAAAUUGUUGAUAUAAAGAAAGAAAUAGGUAACAAAACUUACUAAAGACAUACCUCCAACAAUGGUGAUUUCAAGUGUCAACUAUGUUCAAGAAGCCUUGAUAAUAUUGACAUCAACACCUAACUCCAUUAUUUGUGUAGAUAAUCUAUUGAUUCAUCAAUACACCAUUGCUGGAAAUUAAUAUGUCCCUAGAUAGGUGUUCCUGAAUCCUUACAUCUUCAAUGACACCUACUUUGUUGAUAAUCAAUAUGAAUUAUUGAUGAUCCAAAACAGUAAGAACAAUUUCGAUAUUGAGUAAGAAACACAAAAGAAAUAUCACUAUAAUAUCUUUGUAGCUUUCAAUUAUCCCAAUAAAUUUAAAUAAUAAUAAAUCAGCAUUGGAUUAGUAAGAGAAGGAGUCUAUUUGAUUCAACUUUCACAAACAGCAACCACAUCAACACAAAACAUUUACUUUUAUCCCUAUCAAUUUUUGUACUACGAUGCUGCUUACAAAGCAUCUGCAUCAUUCUAAACAAUAUCCCUAACCCAAUUCUAACUCACUAUCUCCCAACCAUUCGUCACUGGAAUAUCAAAUAAUGAUAAGUUCUAUGUGGCUGUAUAGACUAAUCAAGCGAAUCAAUAUUAAUUAGUCGUAUUAAAUCCAUCAACAACAGAAUAUUCAUAAAUUUAUUAAAUCAUUAAUUUAAACUAACCGCCAUAAAAUUUAAAUAUCAUAUCUAUAAAUAGGGGACACAAUCAACAGAUUGACAAAGUGUUGGAUUUCAAGUAUGAUUUGUUGUUUUUGUCAUCGAGUAUUUCCAACGAAAUUCAAUAACUUUAAGUAUUCAAAGAGCCUGCUGUCUUAUAUACACCAAAUAUCCAGUAAAACAGAGUUGAUGUGUUUGAACUUUAGGUUAUUGCUGAAAACAAUUUCAAUCAAGCUCCAGCAUAAGAAGCAGCUAUUACAAGAUAGGUCAAAUCAACAAAAUAAGAAAUAGGAAUCAUUGCAAGAGAGAAUUAAGCAUUUACUCCUAUGACUGUCUUGGGAAGUAUUUUCUAUUUAAAUAUUAAUCCUGCUGAUUACUUUUUUGGAUACAUAUCCAAUUACACAGCAAUCAAUAAGAUAGGAUUGAAAGUGGAUUUCAACGAAGCAUUCAUAGAUUGCUAUUAAAAAGAUAAGAAGCAUUAAGCUAUCAAUAAUAGUGUUGUCCAACCUAUUACAAGAUAAUAAGCUAAUUUCUCCUUGGUUUACACUUCUGUGACUUCAGGCAUAAUAGCUGGCUAAGACACAAUUCAAACAUUCCUUCAGUCAGGAAGAGCUAUUUACAUCUUAAAUGAAAAUGAUGCCCUAUUUCUAUACACCGUUCCUGCCUACAUUGAUGCUACCUGCAUAUACACAUUCAUUACGUCCGACAGUGGAUAUCUAAUCACAGUGUGUUCAAACAAGGAUGACACUUAUUUCUAUUAUUACAAUGGUACAGAAUCAAACAAUAGAACAAUACUAGGAUUUUCAGGAUAUCAACUACUAAAAUAAACAGCCUAUCCUAAUUUAAAGUCUGCUUAAUUUUAAUAUAAUAUAUUGGCACUAGAAUAUAGUCAGUUCAUUUUGACUGUUAAUGUGAGUGCAAGCAAUUCAACUUUGGAACUGUAAAAUGCAACUUAAUACAACCUUGUUUAUCCAUUGAAGAGUUAUUCAUUAUUUGUAGUUGAUGCUGAGGAAUUGGAAUUGUAAUCUAGAAGAAAUAAAACAUUACUCAACAGAGAUUUCGUCAAGAAGUUCUUAUCCAAUAUGGAUGCAGGAGUAAUCAUUUUAUACGAAAACUCUGUAUUGCAAUUCUUGUACAAAAGUAUUGCCAAAUAUGGAGCUUAUUAGUCUUAAUUACCAAAUGGAGUGCAAAUAUAGGCUGUUACGUCAAUUUCAAUUGGUUGGAUUACGAAUACUUAUUUGUCAACUCCAUUUUUGAUAUCUACUACUUCCAAUUCCUAUCUGUUCUAGGUGACACUACCCAUCAUCGAAAGAAGUGGAUCAGCUUAAGUCGAUUUAAUUUAUAAACUCAUUUCCUUUGCCAAAUAUCAAACCUUAGGAGUCUACUCUGGAGGUGAGGCCAUCGUUGGGUUCUUCUAUACUGAAUCCAAUGAAUUGGGAGUACCUGAAUAUGUGUUUGGUCUCUAUGGAAUACCUACCUUGAAGGAUUUCACUAAGGAUUUGACUCUCAAAGUGGCUUUCAAUCCAAAUAAAGUGUAUCAGCACGUUGGCUCACCUGUUGGCUUUAUAGGAAUACAAAAUCUAACCAAAUAUAAUAUCAGCAAUCCGAUUAUCACCAAUAAUCAGACUAUUUUGUAUUAAGUCAAUCAGACAGAAUUUUAAUAUCUAUUUGUAACGAAUGAAGUUAAGAUUACAGUCAAUUAGGUCUAAUGUAUAAAUACAUCAACUAUUAAUCACGCACUCAAUAUGACUGAAAUAGAAUUGGUAGCUUAUAAUAAUUACACUGAUGAUUUCUCCAGAAACUCCUUUGUAAUUAAUAACGUUUAUCCAGACUACACAUUCUGGGUGACAGAAAAAAGAAGAAGGAACUUUUGGUGGUAGUUUGGAGUUGGCGCCAUCUUCUUCUUUGUAAUAAUCGGAGUUCUAAUAGUUUUAUGCGUCAAUUCAAACAAGAUCAUUGUCUACCAGGAGAGAAUAUUGCAAAAUGAAUUAGAAUAAUGA